CGAGGAGCGCUGCGGGAAUCGCCCCGCAGGGCACGGAGCGGAGCCCGGAGCCCCAUACACCCCCAAGCGGGGUUUUGCACCCCAGCCCCACCGCCCGCUGUCACCCGUCCCGCUGUCCCCUGUCACAAGUGCCCCCUCCCAUAGCUACAGAGCACAGAAUUAGGCGAGUUCCCCACUUCUGCGCCUUCCAUGCUUUACACCACAACCUGAAAGUCCCAGAUUUGCUUCCCAGCCCCAGCUAAGGAGCCACCAUGGAUCUGGUCCUGGAAGCCGCGGACCGGCACCUCCUGACGCCCUACGUGUACCCGGCGGGGUGGCCCGAGGGCGAGCCCUGCCGCCAGCUCCUCAGCCUUUUUGUCAUCACCAACCUGGGAGCCCUCGCCCUCUACCUGCUCUUCGGCACCCUCAGCUACUACUUCAUCUUCGACCACGAGCUCAAGAAACAUCCCCAGUUCCUGGAGAACCAGGUGAGCCGGGAGAUCGCCUAUGCCCUGCGCUCCCUGCCCUGGAUCAGCGUCCCCACCGUCGCCCUGUUCUUCGCCGAGGUGCGGGGCUACAGCAAACUCUACGACAACAUCGAGGACUCCCCGUAUGGCUGGUCUGGUGUCUUCCUCAGCAUGCUGUCCUUCCUCUUCUUCACUGACAUGGGCAUCUACUGGAUACACCGUGGUCUCCACCACAAGCUCUUCUAUAAGCGCUUCCACAAGCCCCACCACCUGUGGAAGAUCGCCACGCCCUUCGCCAGCCACGCCUUCCACCCCGUGGAUGGCUUCAUGCAGAGCCUGCCCUACCACGUGUACCCCUUCCUGUUCCCCCUGCACAAAGUCACCUACCUGGGCCUCUACAUCUUCGUCAACGUCUGGACCAUCUCCAUCCACGACGGCGACUACCGCGUGCCGCGGCUGCUGCGCCACGUCAUCAACGGCUCUGCCCACCACACCGACCACCACCUGUACUUCGACUACAACUAUGGGCAGUAUUUCACCCUCUGGGACAAGAUUGGUGGUUCCUACAAGAGCCCCACGUCCUUUGAGGGCAAAGGUCCCCACGAUUACUUGCGCAAGCUCCGAGAGAAAGACGCAGGAGCGUCCAAUGGCAGCGUGGCCUCCAAGAAAGACCCGGCAGCGUCCAACGGCAGCGUGGCCUCCAAGACUGAGUAGGCUUCCUCCAAGUGUGUCCCUUCUCUGGCUGCACCUUGUUCCAUUCCUCACCAGCCACCCAAGACUGUUUUCCACAGACAAAGAGCCCCUGUCCCUGAUGACGUGACCAGCGUGGGGUGAUUUUUGGUGAGCGUCGGACCUGCCCCGAUCCCAAAACUGCGGUGUCCGGCCUUGCUCCACACUACGGAUCUGCCUGGUUUUCCUACUGCUUCCCCUCCCAGCUCCCUUUGGAUCUCUGCUAAGGUCCCUGCGCUGCUUUAGUGCUGUGCUGAUGCUUUACAAGAAGAAUAACACGGCACAAAUAGAACAAUAACGUGGCACAAAUUAACAUGACUCGUGGCAGGGUCUUUGUUCCACUGCUGCCCCCCUUUGUCAACAAUUCAUUGUUCCCAUCACGGUGUCCAUCGGGAUGAGCUGUAUUUUGGAAAAAAACCCUACCUUUUGGAGGUGGUGUGGCUUCUUCUGAUGGCUCCCCUGGUGGGACUUCUUGCACUCAGCUUCCUUUUGCCCGGGGAUGUCCCAUGGAAACAUCAUGCCUGUAGGACAGAGGUGUGCUUUGAGUCUUGUGGGUCUCUCGAGCUCCCAAGAACACUGAGGGGGAAGGGAGGAGGCACCCAGAUGUGAGGGGAAGGGGCUUCUCACUCAAGGGUUCGUGGUCAGCUUCCCCCCUUAAGGGCUUGUGUUUUUCCUGCUGAAAUCUGGUCACCCCACCUUUGGGGUUGACCCAUGUUCAAAAAUAAAUAAAUCUCAAUUGCCAACUUG